CGCAAACGGUGUUAACGUACAAGACAGGAAGUGCAGGGAACCACCAAGACAAGUUCCUCAUGUUCUGUCCUUUGUUUCUUUCUUUUCACUCUAAGGGUGUUUUAUCAUCUUUUCACCAACGUUCAAAUCUGCUCCCUUGAUAAAAAGUAUUUCAGUCGUUAUGUUGUUGUCAUUUAGCUUAGGCUUAAAGAUGAACUCUGAAUAGAGAAGUUAAGGCGUUCACAUCCGUUCUGAGAAUUUAUGUGGUUUUAACAAGAAGAGAACAACCCUGACCAGACUUUAAACCUCUGGUGUGCCACUAAGAGCUAAGGGCAACACAGACAGAGCAGCACAUAGACUGAAAUGUCUCUCUUUGUGGUGCUGGGACUGCUGGAAGGGCUUUUUUCAUGCUCCAGUGCUGUGACUCCUGUGUAUUUGUUUGUGCAGGAGGGACAAGACUUACUGCUGAAUGUCACAAAUGUUGAUGGUCUCGAGGAAGCUUUUGUUUUUUGGAACUUCAAUCAGACUUCAGCUUUAAUAAGCUUUUAUCCUGGUGGAAACGCAGUGGUGUCUCCAGAUUAUGAGGGAAGGAUUGAGUUUUCUGUGAACAAUUACUCAGUGAAAUUGAAGAAUGUCCAAAAGGCAGACAGUGGAGUUUAUUCUGUACGAGUGAGAUCGGCUGAAGAAGAAAAAACACAAGCUGAAUACAACGUCAGCGUUCAAGGUCGAGUGUCUCCAGUGAACCUGAGUGUGGACUCUUUGUCCUGGAGUUCAGACUCCUGUAACUUCACUGUGACCUGCACUGCACGAGACUCUAACAUCAGCAGCACUUUUAGAUGUGACAACCAAACCAAAACCUGCAGUCAGGAUGGAGGAAAGCAGUCAAAGCUCACGAGCUCUGGUGCUUCUCUCCACGUCCACCUGGAGAAUGACUCAAUCACCUGUCACCAUAGUAACCAGAUCAGCUCGGCCAACGACAGCAAACCACCUGAAUAUUUCUGCUCCCAAAGUGAUGCUUCACAGUUUGGGUCAGUUUACGGUCCAGUUUUUGUGUUCCUGGUGAAGACCACCGUGUUCUCUCUGCUCAUCGUGGUGUUGGCCGUCAUCAGUGUUUACAUCACGCUGAAGUUCAAGAUUCCUAAAUAGAGAAAUGGUUCUCUUCCAAACGAGCUCGUAUCUCACUCUCUUUUGACAAAGUGUGGAGUUUUUGACCACUAUGAGCACUGUGGAGCAGUUGUUUUUCCCGUGUGUGUGCUUUUUUUGACGAGGGAAAUGGAUUCAACACUUUUGCAGGACUUCAGACACAUAAAAAGUGCUUUGGUGAGUCACACUUCAUGUGGACGUGAGCCCUUUGUACAUAAAAAUAUUAUGUUAAGAUGAAAAUGUGAAAAUGUUUUUGGAUGAUGUUAUAUUGAAAGAAUAAACAAGAGUAAAUCUAUAAAUAAAUCACCAGUGUGUAUUUGUACGACC